AUUGAAUUUUUUUUUUCUUUUACUGAAGAAAAAAAUUUUUUUUCAUCAAAAUGGCAAAACUAAAGUGCUCAGAACUCCGCACCAAGGACAAAAAACAAUUGCAAAAGCAACUUGAUGAUUUGAAAACUGAAUUGACUAGCUUGAGAGCUGCAAAAUUCACUGAAGGCAGUCAAACUAAGAUGUUGAAAGUUAAUGGUGUACGUAAAGCAAUUGCUCGUGUAAAUAUUGUUAUGCAUCAAAAACAAAAGGAAAAUAUUCGUCUUCUUUAUAAAAAUAAGAAAUACAAGCCUCUUGAUAUCAGACCAAAAAAGACAAGAGCAAUUCGCAGAAAAUUGACUCCAUUCCAAGCUGGUCGUAAAACACUCAAGACAAUCAGGAAAAUGUCAGCAUGGCCACAAAGAAAAUUUGCACUUAAGGCCUAAUUUAUUAUAAUUUCUUAGUUGAACAAAAUAAAACAGAUAUUUUCCAAAAAAAAAAAAAAA